UCAGACAGUCCCACAAAGGACACCAAAGCCUGCAAGCGUUACAUUUUUUACUCACCUUCAUAUCUAAAUUUCCGAUCACUUGUUGAGAUCAUAUCAUGGCUGCUGCACUUGUUGUGGAGCUUUUCUUAAUGGCUUCAUUAAUACUGUCUUUGAGAGGCUCCUUACAACUGAUGCUAUCAACUUGGUACUGGGAAAGAAGCUUGGCUCUGACUUGGUUGAAAGGCUGAAGACUGCUCUGUUGGGUGCUGAAGUUCUUGUUGCUGAUGCUGAGAUGAAGCAGUUCGGUAAUCCAUUGGUGAGGAAGUGGCUCGAUAGUCUCCGGGAUGCUGUUUACUGUGCUGAGGACUUGCUGGACACUGUCCUCGCCAAAGCUGCCACACAAAAGGAGGAAAGUUCUUCCUGGUGGUCCCCUAGCUUCUUAGUCAAACGAGAUCGGGAGAUGGUAGAGAAGAUGGAAGGGGUAGUUAGAAGAAUAGAGGAUCUUGGAAAACAAAAAGAUUUCCUUGGUCUUGAAAAGAUUCCCACUGGUGGCUCAUCAUGGAGGACUCCGUCCACUUCUCUUGUGAGAGGGAAUGUGUAUGGCAGGGAGGAUGACAAGAAGGCCUUAGUCAAGAUGCUGAAGGACAACAAUGAGCAUCACCUGUCUGUGAUGGCUAUUGUUGGCAUAGGUGGGGUUGAUAAAACAACUUUAGUCCAAUGGCUGUACAACAAUGAGGAGGAGUUCAUGAAGGGAUUUGAUCUGAAAGCAUGGGUUUGCGUUUUGGAGAAGUUUGAAGUUGUUGAGACAACAAGGAAUGUCAUAAAGCAGAUCCAUGGAAGUACUUGUAGUCUGGAUGAUUUCGAUUUACUUCAAAAUGCUUUGAAAAAAGAAUUGUCCAAUAAGAAGUUCUUUAUUGUUCUGGAUGAUGUUUGGAGUGAUGAUGGUGACAAAUGGAGUGAUUUUAUGACCCCUUUCCAACAAAAUGGGAAUAAGGGAAGUAUUAUUCUUCUGCUACUCGGGAAGAAAAUGUUGCUUCCGCAGUUCAAAAUUGUCACCCUUAUUUUCUCAGAAAGUUGUUGGAGGACUAUUGUUGGUCAGUGUUUGCGAAAAAUGCAUCUUUUCCAGAAUCAAAUGGGAGAGCAGCACUAAUAGGAAGAAAGAUU